GCCAGGAGCGGGGCCAGGAGCGGGGCAUGGCUGAGCAGCCCGGGGCGCCCGGCCCGCGGCUCCAGCGCGGGGCUGCGGCGGGCGAGGCGCUGCGCUGAGCAAGCCCCGAACCCCCAAAAGCCCCCGAGCCCCCCAAGCCCCCCGGGGUCCCCGGACCCCCCCGGGACCCCCAGACCCGCCGGCAUGGCUCGCUGGAUCCCCACCAAGCGCGAGAAGUACGGGGUCGCCAUCUACAACUAUGAGGCCGUGCAGGACGUGGAGCUGUCCCUGCAGGUGGGGGACACUGUUCACAUCCUGGAGAUGUACGAAGGCUGGUACCGAGGAUACACACUCCGAAAUAAAUCCAAGAAGGGCAUUUUCCCAGAAACUUACAUCCAUUUAAAAGAGGCCAUCGUGAAGGACCGGGGGCAGCACGAGACCGUGAUUCCCAGCGAGCUGCCCCUUGGCCAGGAGCUGACAGCCACGCUGCGGGAGUGGGCAGUGAUCUGGCACAAGCUGUACGUGAACAACAAAACCACGCAGUUCAGGCACGUCCAGCAGCUCACCUACAGCCUGAUAGAGUGGAGAUCCCAAAUCCUCUCCGGGACCCUGCCCAAGGAUGAGCUGGCUGAGCUCAAGAAAAAAGUCACUGCCAAGAUUGACUAUGGCAACAGGAUCCUGGGUCUGGACCUGGUUGUCCGAGAUGACAACGGGAACAUCCUGGACCCAGAUGAGACCAGCACAAUCUCCCUCUUCAAGGCCCAUGAAACUGCAUCCAAGAGGAUUGAUGAGAGGAUCCAGGAGGAGAAGUCUCUGCAGCAGAGUUUGGACCUCCGGGGACAGAAUAUAGUAUCUCUUUAGUAUAUUAUCUCUUUAGUAUGUAAUUUAGUAUAGUAUUAGUGUAAUAUAGUAUAGCUUGAUCAAGCAAUUGUUCAGCCUUCUGAAAUCAUGGAGUCAGAGCACCUUAUUCCCUGGCUGGGGCAUCACCUGUUUCUACUAUACCCUCCCUUCUUCCCUUCCUCCCUCUCUCCUUCUUCCUUCUUUUCCACUCAGCAAGGACAUUGAUGGCAGUUGAUGUGAACUCUUUUUUAGGACUUGAGCAGCUCUGACCUGAUCAGGCCCAGGAUCAGCCUGGUGUGCCAGAUCGUGCGGGUGGGGCACAUGGAGCUGAAGGAUGGCAAGAAGCACACCUGCGGGCUCCGCAGGCCCUUCGGCGUGGCAGUGAUGGACAUCACUGACAUCAUCCACGGGAAGGUGGACGACGAGGAAAAGCAGCAUUUUAUCCCCUUCCAGCAGAUUGCCAUGGAAACCUACAUCAGGCAGCGCCAGCUGAUCAUGUCCCCCCUGAUCACCUCCCAUGUCAUCGGCGAGAACGAGCCCCUCACCUCUGUCUUCAACAAAGUCAUCGCUGCCAAGGAGGUCAACCACAAAGGCCAAGGUCUCUGGGUCUCCCUGAAGCUGCUCCCUGGGGAUCUGGCUCAGGUUCAGAAGGAUUUUUCCCACCUUGUAGACAGAUCCACUGCAGUGGCUCGAAAAAUGGGUUUCCCUGAGAUCAUCCUUCCUGGUGACGUCCGGAAUGACAUCUACGUCACCCUGAUCCAGGGGGAGUUUGACAAAGGCAAGAAGAAAACCCCCAAGAACGUUGAGGUCACCAUGUCUGUGCACGACGAGGACGGAAACCUGCAGGAGAAAGCCAUCCACCCCGGGGCUGGCUACGAGGGAGUCUCGGAGUACAAGUCUGUGGUUUAUUACCAGGUCAAGCAGCCCUGCUGGUACGAGACUGUCAAGGUGGCCAUUGCCAUAGAAGAAGUCAGUCGCUGCCACCUGAGGUUCACGUUCCGUCACCGCUCGUCCCAGGAAUCCAGGGAUAGAUCUGAGAGAGCUUUUGGCAUGGGCUUUGUGAAGCUGAUGAAUGCAGAUGGAACGACGCUGCAGGAUGGCAAACACAAUUUGAUUGUUUACAAGGGUGACAACAAGAAAAUGGAAGAUGCCAAGAGUUAUUUGACUCUGCCUUGCACUAAAACAGAGAUGGAGGAGAAGGAGGCUCCCUCAGGGAAAAACCUGCACCCUCUGGCCAACUUCACCCCCACAAAGGACAGCACAAAGGACAGCUUCCAGAUUGCCACUGUCAUCUGCUCCACCAAACUCACCCAGAAUGUUGACCUGCUGGGUUUGCUGAACUGGCGCUCCAACGCCCACAACAUCGCCCACAACCUCAGGAAGCUCAUGGAGGUGGAAGGAGGAGAAAUUGUGAAGUUUUUGCCAGACACCCUCGAUGCACUUUUCAACAUCAUGAUGGAAAUGUCAGAAAAUGAAACCUAUGAUUUCCUGGUGUUUGAUGCCCUGGUAUUUAUUAUUUCUUUGAUUGGAGACAUCAAGUUCCAGCAUUUCAACGCUGUGCUUGAGACUUACAUUUACAAACACUUCAGUGCAACCCUGGCCUAUGUGAAACUCACCAAAGUCCUGAACUGCUACGUGGGGAAUGCUGAGGACUCCAGCAAGACAGAGCUGCUCUUUGCAGCCCUGAAAGCCCUGAAAUACCUGUUCAGAUUCAUCGUGCAGUCGCGGGUGCUGUACCUGAGUGUUUAUGGGAAGAGUGAGGAUGGGAAUGAAUUCAACGAUGCAAUUCGGCAGCUGUUCCUCUCCUUCAAUGUCCUCAUGGACCGGCCCCUGGAGGAGGCUGUCAAGAUCAAGGGAGCAGCUUUAAAGUAUUUGCCAAGCAUCAUAAAUGAUGUCAAACUGGUAUUUGACCCCGUUGAGCUCAGUGUCCUCUUCAGCAAGUUCAUCCAGAGCAUCCCUGACAACCAGCUGGUCCGGCAGAAGCUGAACUGCCUGACCAAGAUCGUGGAGAGUGACCUGUUCAAGCAGGCUGAGUGCAGAGAUGCCCUCCUGCCCCUGCUCAUCGAUCAGCUGAGUGGGCAGCUGGAUGACAACUCCAGCAAGCCUGACCACGAGGCCAGCUCCCAGCUCCUGAGCAGUGUCCUGGAGGUCCUGGACCGCAAAGAUGUGGGUGCCACUGCUCUGCACAUCCAGCAGAUGAUGGAGCGGCUGCUGCGCCGGAUCAACCGCACGGUGAUCGGGAUGAGCCGCCAGUCCCCACACAUCGGUAUUUUCGUGGCCUGCAUGACAGCCAUCCUGAGGCAGAUGGAUGAUUUCCAUUACAGCCAUUACAUCAACACUUUCAAAACCAGGCAGGACAUCAUUGACUUCCUGAUGGAAACAUUCAUUAUGUUCAAGGAUCUGAUUGGGAAGAACGUGUAUGCAGCUGACUGGAUGGUCAUGAACAUGAUGCAGAGCAGGGUUUUCCUCCGGGCAGUGAACCAAUUCACCUCCGUCCUCAACCGCUUCUUCCUGGAUCAAACUCAUUUUGAGCUCCAGCUCUGGAAUAACUAUUUCCACUUGGCAGUGGCCUUCCUCACUCACGAGUCCCUCCAGCUGGAGACCUUCUCCCAGGCCAAGCGCAACAAAAUCAUCAAGAAGUAUGGGGACAUGAGGAAAGAAAUUGGCUUCAAAAUCAGGGAUAUGUGGUAUAACCUGGGUCCCCACAAAAUAAAAUUCAUCCCAGCAAUGGUGGGGCCAAUCCUGGAGGUGACCCUGGUCCCAGAGCCUGAGCUGAGGAAAGCAACAAUUCCCAUCUUUUUUGACAUGAUGCAAUGUGAAUUCAACUUCAGUGGGAACGGGAACUUCCACAUGUUUGAGAAUGAGCUGAUCACCAGGCUGGACCAGGAGGUGGAGGGGGGCCGAGGGGAUGAGCAGUACAAGGUCCUGCUGGAGAAACUGCUGCUGGAGCACUGCAGGAAGCACAAGUACCUGGCAGCCCCUGGAGAGGUGUUUGCCCUGCUGGUCAGCAGCCUCCUGGAGAACCUGCUGGACUACAGGACCAUCAUGCACGAUGAGAGCAAGGAGAACCGCAUGAGCUGCACUGUCAACGUGCUGAAUUUCUACAAGGAGAAGAAGCGGGAGGACAUUUACAUCAGGUAUCUGUACAAGCUCAGGGACCUGCACACAGACUGUGAGAACUUCACAGAGGCUGCCUACACCCUGCUGCUGCAUGCUGAGCUGCUCCAGUGGUCAGAGAAGCCCUGUGUCCCUCACCUGCUGCAGAGGGACUCCUACUGCGUGUACUCCCAGCAGGAGCUCAAGGAGAAGCUCUACCAGGAGAUCAUCUCCUUCUUCGACAGGGGCAAGAUGUGGGAAAAAGCCAUUCAGCUGAGCAAGGAGCUGGCUGACAUGUAUGAGAACAAGGUCUUUGACUACGAGGGACUUGGUAAUCUCCUGAAAAAAAGAGCAACUUUUUAUGAGAACAUCAUGAAGGCCAUGAGACCUCAGCCCGAGUACUUCGCUGUUGGAUACUAUGGGCAGGGUUUUCCCUCUUUCCUGCGGAAUAAGAUUUUCAUCUACCGUGGCAAAGAGUACGAGCGGAGGGAGGAUUUUAACCUGAAGCUGCUGACCCAGUUCCCCAGUGCUGAGAAGAUGACCAGCACAGCCCCUCCAGCAGAGGAGAUCAAGGCUUCCCCCAAACAGUAUGUGCAGUGCUUCAUUGUGAAGCCUGUGAUGAACCUGCCACCUAAUUAUAAGGAUAAACCUGUUCCUGAACAGAUCUUAAACUACUACAGAGCCAACGAGGUGCAGCAGUUCACUCACUCCAGACCUGUCAGGAAAGGAGAGAAAGAUCCAGACAACGAGUUCGCUAACAUGUGGAUAGAAAGGACAACCUACACCACAGCUUAUUCAUUCCCAGGCAUCCUCAAGUGGUUUGAGGUCAAACAGGUCACAACGGAGGAGAUCAGCCCCCUGGAGAAUGCCAUAGAAACCAUGGAGCUCACCAAUGAGAAGAUCACCAACAUUGUCCAGCAGCACAGCUGGGACCGGAGCCUGCCCGUGCACCCCCUGUCCAUGCUGCUCAACGGCAUCGUGGACCCCGCUGUCAUGGGGGGCUACACCAACUAUGAGAAGGCCUUCUUCACAGAGAAAUAUCUCCAAGAACAUCCUGAAGAUCAAGACAAAAUUGAGCUGCUCAAGCAACAAAUUGCUAUACAGAUGCCUCUCCUGGCAGAGGGGAUCCGGAUCCACGGCGAGAAGCUGACGGAGCAGCUGAAGCCGCUGCACGAGAGGCUCACAGCCUGCUUCAAGGAGCUCAGGAGGAAGGUGGAGAAGCAGUACGGGGUCAUAACUCUGCCCCCGGCGCUGACCGACAGGAAGCCGAGCAGGUCGGGCUCGGUGGUGCUGCCCUACAUCAUGUCCUCCACCCUCAGGAGGCUCUCGGUCACCUCCGUGGCCUCCUCCGUGGCCUCCACCUCGUCCACCUCGUCCGACAGCGCUUCCUCCAGGCCCGGCUCCGACGGAUCCACCCUGGAGCCUCUCUUGGAGAGGAGAAUAUCCACCUCUUCCAGAGCUGAGGAGCUGCCUGUGAAAGAUGAUGGUGACAACAGGAUUAGCAAACUCAAGAGGAAGGAGUGGAGCAUUAGCAAGUCUCAGGUUAUUGUGGAGAAGGAGCCAGAAACAGAACUGACUUCUAAAAUGGGCACGGCAGGGAAGGCACAGAGGCCCAAGAGUCUGCAGCUGGGAGACAACAGGCUGACCCUGCUGCCGGGCUCCUCGCUGCAGCAAUGCACCUGCAGCCCUCCCCCCAUCACCCCCAAGACCCCCCGGACCCAGAGCUCCCCCUCCCUUCAGGCUGAUGGAUUGGCCACACCACCCCCCCCUCCACCCAAAAGCAAACCCUACGAGAGCAGCACCCCCAGGAACUCCGUGGAGGUUGCUCCACCGCUGCCCAGCAGGCGUGAGGCCAAGCCUCCCCCUCCACCCCCCAAAGCCAGGAAAUCCAGCGUGGUGUCCUCGGAGCCGGGGCUGCCCUGAGCGUUUGGGGUCACAGCAACGCCAGCCUGCAGUGG